UAAAUGGAUAUCUACAUUGAUUGCAAGUGCUACAGUGAAAAUGAUGAAGCAGAAAGAUGAGAGGAUAAGGAGGACAGGAGAACUGUUGACAUAUAUCCGCACUUUGAAGAUGCAUGGGUGGGAGCUUCUGUUUUCUAGCUGGUUGAUGGAGACAAGAUCAUUAGAAGUUAUGCACUUAACUACGCGGAAAUACUUGGAUGCCUGGUGUGUAUUUUUUUGGGCUACAACACCAACUCUUUUUUCCCUGUUCACAUUUGGACUUUUCACAUUGAUGGGGCAUCAACUUGAUGCUGCAACGGUCUUCACUUGUCUUGCUCUGUUUAAUACUUUGAUAUCUCCUCUAAAUUCAUUUCCAUGGGUCAUUAAUGGAUUAAUUGAUGCCAUCAUAUCUAUCAAGCGGUUGAGCAGGUUUCUAUCUUGCUCUCAGUCCAAAUCAAAACUGGAAACAACAGCUGGUUCAUCUUCACCAUAUUUCUCAAAUGACAAAUCUGAAAUUUUCCAUGAAGAUAAGGCUGUUGUAUUCGAUGAUUCAUGUUGUGCUUGGUCAAGCAGCGAUGAAAAAGACUUGGAUUUGGUGCUGAAACAUGUAACUCUAGGCAUUCCAAAGGGUUCCUUCAUUGCAGUGAUUGGAGAGGUUGGUUCAGGUAAAUCAUCCUUGUUAAAUUCAAUUUUGGGGGAAAUGCGACUUGUCCAUGGAUCAGUAUAUUCAUGUGGUUCUAUAGCAUAUGUACCACAGGUCCCCUGGAUUCUAUCUGGAACAAUACGUGACAACAUACUGUUUGGAAAGCAUUAUGAUCCCAAAAGGUGUGGUCCUUUUCCAAUGAUGAAGUAGUCUGAUUUAAUAUUAAUUUUUCAAUUUUGUGUUUUACUGUGAAUGUGCUAGUUUCAUAGUAAACACAUCCUGCUCCUCUUUAUGAAAUGAAGGGGGCCAGUUACAAAGAGAUCAUAUAUUGCAUGUCAGCACUGCCUGAGUUGCUCCCAAUAUAAGGGGCCCUGAUGUAGUACAGCCCGUAGGUAUUAGAUUAAGCACUCAAACAAUAGAACAUAGAAGAAUAUAAGAGAUCGAGGAGACGAAAAUAUAGAUCGAAAAGAUGAAAGAAAGGGCAGAACAG